GGGGCGAAGGGGAGGAGGAUGGUGACAGCGGGAGGAUGGAGGCCGUUUUGUCUAGGUAUGAAAACCAGAUCACUCUUUUGUCAGACUACUUAGAAGAAUUUCCAGAAACUGAUGAGCCAGUGUGGAUUUUAGGAAGGCAACACCACCUAAACACAGACAAAUCUAAAUUAUUGUUGGAUAUAAGUGCUCGUCUCUGGUUCACUUACAGAAGAAAGUUUUCACCUAUUGGAGGCACCGGUCCCUCGUCUGACGCGGGCUGGGGAUGCAUGCUGAGGUGUGGGCAGAUGAUGUUGGCCCAGGCACUGAUCUGCAGACAUUUAGGAAGAGAUUGGCAAUGGGAAAAACACAAAAAGCAACCAGAAGAAUAUCAUAGAAUCUUACGGUGCUUUCUGGAUAGAAAAGAUUGCUGUUAUUCCAUCCACCAAAUGGCACAGAUGGGUGUUGGAGAGGGGAAGUCCAUUGGGGAGUGGUUUGGACCAAACACAGUUGCUCAAGUGCUGAAGAAGCUUGCUUUAUUUGAUGAAUGGAAUUCAUUAGCAGUUUAUGUAUCUAUGGACAAUACUGUGGUCAUCGAGGACAUCAAGAAGAUGUGCUGGUGCCCUGCCCAGAGCAGCAGUGUUGCCCACAGCAGUGCACAUUUGCACAGGAGUGCUCUUGGCCCAAACAAGAACACAGCAGGAUUGUGCCCAGGCUGGAAGCCCCUCCUGCUCAUUAUCCCUCUGCGCCUGGGGAUCAAUCACAUCAACCCAGUGUAUAUUGAUGCCUUUAAAGAAUGCUUUAAGAUGCCACAGUCUUUGGGAGCAUUAGGAGGGAAACCCAAUAAUGCCUAUUAUUUUAUAGGAUUUUUAGGCAAUGAGCUGAUCUACUUGGACCCUCACACCACUCAGAGUUUUGUAGAUUCAGAAGAAAAUGGCACAGUUGAUGACAAGAGCUUCCACUGCCAGCAAGCCCCUCACAGAAUGAAGAUCAUGAAUUUGGACCCUUCAGUAGCUUUAGGCUUCUUUUGCAAAGAAGAAUGUGAUUUUGAUAACUGGUGUAGUCUUGUACAAAAGGAGAUUCUAAAGCAGCAGAGCCUGCGGAUGUUUGAGCUGGUGCAGAAGCACCCACCCCACUGGCCUCCUUUCAUACCUCCAAGCAAGCCAGAAGUGACAACCACAGGAGCAGAACUUAUUGAAUCUACUGACAAGCUAUUUGAAUUGGAAGAAGAAUUUGAAAUCUUGAGUGUAUGAAGGAAACUGUGGUGACUC